UCCACACAAACGGGUUAGAAAGCGCGAGAGAGAGAGAGCCAGGAGUGAAUAAUGUUUACCACUCGCUCUGUGGAAUCUAUCAGGAGUCGAAACUUUAGUCAGGUUUUGCCGUAUUAAUUUCACCCGAAAGCCUUAUUCAAACUGCAACAGUUUAAAAUCAUCUCUAUUAAGGAUAUAUCAGCGGCUGGAUCGACUGAAUGAAACCAUGAGGAAUAAAAAACACGGCGGUUGUCGCGAUCUACACUAACGUGACUAUCGAUCCAGCAGAGCCAAGCUUUGAAAACGCCGAGCCAGGUACUUCGGCGCAGACUUUCAACGGUCAGUUUUUCCUGCGGGUUUACCUGUGCUUACGUGGCACUUUUUUGACCUGGAGACUUAUUGUAAAAAAAUCCCAUUUUAGGCUUUUUAUCCACUUUUAUAGUGGCGAUGCGAUGUAUUUUCAGAGGUUUAGCAAGUUGCGUGGCCGGGACUAGUUUACUUGCGCCAGGCAGCCAAUCAGCGGAAUAACACUCACUAUUUUUGCUUUAAUUUAUCCUCUUUUGCCUUAUUCACACGACAACCUUCAAAUACAGCGUCGUACCGCACCCUUCAGAUUCUGACAGCGGGUUUCCAGGCGAGCUUCCAUAAGGAGGAUAAGUGUCAACGCUACGCGUGUGUUUUUGGGGUGGUAAAAUGGAUGCGGGAAUGGAGAAGGAGUGCAGCGCUUUGGGAGGGCUCUUCCAAAUCAUCAUGAACGACAUGAAGGCGAGUUAUCCUGCUUGGGAGGACUUUGUCACCAAAGGGGCUAAGCUGCAAUCUCAGUUAAGGACAACAAUCAUCGUCACUAGCUCAUUCCUAGAUGCUUUCCAGAAAGUGGCUGACAUUGCAACUGGAACACGAGGAGCGACGAAAGAGAUCGGAUCAGCUUUGACCAGGAUGUGUAUGAGACACAGAAGCAUUGAGAACAAGCUCAAACUGUUUACCACGGCUCUCAUGGAUAACUUGAUCACUCCUCUGGAACUGAAAAUUGAAGAGUGGAAGAAGGUUGCCAGUCAGCUGGAUAAAGACCAUGCCAAAGAAUAUAAGAAGGCACGUGCAGAUAUCAAGAAGAAAUCUUCAGACACCAUUAAACUGCAGAAGAAAGUUAAAAAAGGUAAAGACGAUGUGCGGGUGCAGCUGGACAGCGCUCUUCAGGACGUCAAUACGCGCUAUGCCGUGUUAGAGGAGACGGAGAAGAGAGCUGUGUGUCGAGCUCUUAUAGAAGAAAGAGGAAGAUUCUGCUCAUUUGUCACAAUGCUCAAACCUGUCCUGGAUGAAGAAAUAGGCAUGCUUGGGGAAGUCACCCACUUACAGACAAUUCUAGAAGAUCUUGGCAACCUGACAGCUGAUCCCAACACACUGCCCCCUGCUAGUGAACAGGUUAUUCUUGAUCUGAAAGGCUCGGACUACAGCUACUCAUAUCAGACUCCACCCGGCUCUCCUAGCAACACGUUAUCACGAAAGAGCAGCAUCAGCAGUAACUACACCUCUGUGCGUCAUGUCCCGUCUUUGGACUCCAUCUCCAGCGCAGUGGAUGGCCUUCACCUGCGAGCCCCAGACACAACACGGGAUCAAGGCCAGAACUCUCCUGGCACAGAGAACGGGACCUCGAUGCCCCCACUACACAAAGCUUACAGUGGGCAUGAGGAGAGAGCCAGGACGCUGUCCUCAUCGGGCAAGCCACAGUCAGCCAGGGAGCAGCUGGCUCUUACUCUGGGAGGCGGGCUUAAUUCAGAAGCUCCUCGGACCAGCCGAGAUUCCCUCCACUGCUCUAGCGGAUACAGCACCCAGACGACUACGCCGUCCUGCUCGGAGGACACCAUUCCCUCACAGCACGACUAUGACUACAUCUCACUGCACGGAGGAGAGGACGCCCACAGCCAGUCUGAAUUUGAUAAAUCUUCUACAAUUCCUCGCAACAGCGACUUAAGUCUCAAUUACCGCAAAAUGUUUCAAAGCAAGAGGCCGGCAUCUACCGUCAGUCUGCUGAUGGAUCCGGAGCCUAUAGGACCCCACACGGCCACUAUCCGCCGUAAACCCUCCAGCAAGCCCAAUAUCCGCCGUGGAACCAUCAGUGGAGGAGUGCCUAUACCCAUCUCCACACCGCAGGUGCCGAUGAAGGCAUCCGUUUCUACCGCCGGCCUGAGCGGCAGUGAGGAGACCGUGUGCCCUCCUGGGCUGAUUCAGAGUAACAGGUUACCUGGCUCUGAUCUGGCUCACACCAGACAUAAUCUCUGUACAUCUACUCAGAGUCUGAGUGCAAUGCCGCCUCCAUACUAUUCCAUGUUCCCUGGGCAGCCACCAGUGGGCAGUACUGAGCCAAUGUAUCAAAUGAGCAAGCAACAGCAGUAUGCGUUGCACCAACAGCAACAGAGGCAGUAUCAACAACAACAGCUGCAACACCAAUAUCACCAACAACACAAUCAACAGCAAUAUAAUCAACAACAGUACAAUCACCAACAGCAAUAUAAACAACAACAGGAGUCGCAAUAUCAAGAGAUCCAACAGAAACACAAACGUCAGUGUCAGCAGCAGCAGCAUCAGAUUCAGCAGCAGGUUCAAAACACGGCAGCUCACAAUUCCAGCGUGCCAGUUGAAAGUGGGCAGCCCAAUUCCGCCCAGCCCGGCGUGGACCAUACCGACAGCGUUCCUGAUCCGGGCAGCGGAGGUGACAUGUUGAGUAUGAUACGCAGAGGAGUCAAAUUACGUCGGACACUCACCAACGAUCGUUCGGCACCUUUAAUCACCCCCAACCAUCUCGACUGAUUUUAUUUUUUCCAUUGUUUGAUUUUGUCUGUGGCUUUUUAUAGUUGCUUUUUCCGUCUUUUCGCUUGGCGACUUUUUUCUGUGCCUUUUAUUGUUGCAAGUUUGCUCUUUUUUCUUUUCUUUUUUUUAAGUGGGGGCAAAACCGUUGACUAAGGUGCGACUCUUGCCACAUGAAAAGAUGUUUGACUUAAUUACACUGUGCUCAAAGAACAAACGUUUUGCCGUGUCCUUGCGAAUGUUGCCUCUCAAAUUAAAGUAAGUUCUGCAGGCUGUGUGCUUUACAUGUAUAUGUAUACUUAUAUAUAUACAGAUAUAUAUGUAUUUAGAGAUCUAGAUCGAACGUCAGAGCUUAAGAUAUAUUAAAGUUAUUUGUUUGUUGUAUUCGCAAAGAUAAAGCACUCAGCCUUCUGGUUAGAGAUCAAAACUUCUGUAUAUAUUAGCGAAACUAUUGAAAGACUGUUGUAUUAUUAUUAAUUUUGUUUUCAUCUUUGUUUUUGAAAUUAGACAAAGCAGCACUAGGCAUCUAUUUUUGUACAGUUUAGGGUAACAGAAAACUGCACCACUGCCUUUAAUCCGCCCAAUGACUGGAUGCGAAUGCAGCCAAUGAGAGUUGUGGAGGGAGGGAAGGAAGGAGCGAUGUGAUUGGGUGGAUGAAUGAAGGACUGGAAUAGUGGAACUUAUUUGUGUUGCUUAUGACUGUGAGAGCUUACAAAGGCAUCACUGUGGUUAUUUAUUCGACCUGUUUGAUUCUGAAUCAUUUUUAAUCGUUUCUUUACCAAAGCUCUGAUGCUGUAGCCUCGUAGAUGCGUAUAAACUUGCUCUCCUGGAGGAUUUGCUAUAAAGACUCUAUUCAUAAAACUUCAAA